AUGCCACCUGUGGCAUCGCUCCUCCAUGCUUUGAUUCUCGGUGCAUCGGCCGCCCAUGCUCAAAUCUGGGACCAAGUGAUCGACACUACCGGGGGACCUGUCCAGGGUUUCAAGUACUUCAGCACCGAAACACUCGAGAACUUCUUCAAUGUUUCCGAAUCCAACGUGACUGCGUUCCUGGGUAUUCCAUAUGCCGCUGAUACUGGUUAUCAAAAUCGUUGGAAGGCCCCACAACCGCGUCAAGUUUGGAACAAAACACUCAACGCCACCGAAUUUGGCUCGCCGUGUCCGACCAAGUUCACCUCUGGCUACAGCGAGGACUGUCUGAGUCUGAACAUUUGGACGAAUGCGGAUUCAGCUCACGCAGGACUCCCUGUGAUGGUCUGGAAUCAAGGAUCAGAUCUGCCCAGUGAUAUUCCGUACUGGUAUGGUGGCGGAAUGGCAAUGAAAGAUGUCAUUCUGGUUUCCUUCAACCGCCGUGACGAUGCACUGGGAUAUCUUGCCCACCCGGAACUAAACCAAGAGGGUCUUGAAGCUUUCGGCCAUGAGACAUCAGGAAAUUAUGGUGUUUUGGACUUUUUGGAAGUUCUGAAGUGGAUCAAGGCGAACAUCGCUGGCUUUGGUGGUAAUCCAAAUCGUGUUGUGAUUGCUGGCCAGUCAUUUGGCUCGUCACAGGUCUACCAUGCGGUGAAUAGCCCGCUUUUCUCGGGCUUGUUUCAUGGUGCCAUCUCACAAUCCGGUAUCCGCUUCCCUUACGAUCCUAUGUUGGCAGGCCUUGCGACUUCGUAUAAUAAUAUGUCCGCCGCUCUCUCACAUGGUUUGAACUAUACGACUUUCCACAAUGCCUCCAACAUUGCACAACUACGAUCUCUACCAUUAUCUGAUCUUAUGGUUGGUUCUGGCGACAGUGUCAAUAGCACUUGGAUCAACGCGAUCACGGCUCUUUCCGCGGGUUAUCCCGACAUCUUCAAACCAGUCUUGGACAAUUAUGUUCUCCCUUCAACUUAUCUGGAGACACUAAAGGAUGGUCCAGCAAAUGAUGUGCCGCUGAUUGCGGGGAAUACUUUGGAUGAAUCUGGCGCAUCGCCAACAACAAACUACACCCUUGCGCAAUACAGACAUUACAACUUCUUUCGAUAUGGCAAUUUGUCCGAACGUUACUUCAGGCUGUAUCCUGCCACCGACAAGAAAGGCCAAAGCAUAGCAAAUGCUAGUUGGAACGAUGCUGCCCGUGACCAAGGCAAGGUUGGUGCGUGGGCCUACGCUACUGAUUGGUAUCGCUCUGCUUCCUCCAAUUUCUACACGUAUUUCUGGACCCACGCGCCCCCAGGCCAAACCCAAGGAGCCUUCCAUAUGUCCGAGAUCAUGUACGCAUUGAAUGCACUCUACUCGUGCAACAGCACUUAUCCAUUCACGUCCGAAGACUACGCCAUUGCGGAGAGGAUGUCUGCUUAUUGGGCAAACUUCGCCAAAACCCUGGAUCCGAACAAUGGUGGCUCUUACACCGGCUCUGGUCAUUUGCCUCGUUGGGAUCCCAACUCGCCUAAGGGUGAUCAGGCUGUCAUGGAACUGGGAGAUUCAUUCUCCGCAGUCGAGAUCACUAGUCAAGAGAAAGUCGACUUUGUCAUGGACUUUUUCCAUCAGCAGCGUCCCUACUAG